CCAGGCUCGCCUCCUCGCUGCUGUGUGUCCCAGCUCUGGGAGCCCAGGUCCGAGGGACCCCGGGAGGAACUGGUGGCAGGAGGCUGGAGCGUCUGCCUGCCUGACACCUGUCGUGGACGAGCUUGGUUGCUGCUGCCCCCAACAGCUGGCGGCGGCGGCAGCCACAGGGACCCGCCAGGAGCGGAAGGAAUUAAACGCCCGCCCAUCGCAUCAGACUUGGCCGCUCCCUCCUCCUCCUCCCCCUCCCCCUUCCCCUUCGCCACCGCCGCCUCCUCCCGGUCCCCACCGGCUCCGCGGCGGGACGCUGUGCCAGGAGCGAUUUGAACCACGUUCGGCUCGCACCAAGCAGGGCUCGCUCCCAGGGGCUGCUCUGAGAUGGCAGUGAAGUAAGGGGACCUCAGAGAGACGUUGCGACCCUAGCUUGAGCCCGAGAGUCCGUUGCUUCACCAGACGGGGACAUGGGGGACCCGUCGUACCGCGAGAAGCCGCAGCUGCACUACGCGGGUGACUUCACCUGGAACAGUAUGUCGGGCCGCAGCGUGCGGCUGAGGUCAGUCCCCAUCCAGAGUCUCUCAGAGCUGGAGCGCGCUAGGCUACAGGAAGUGGCUUUUUAUCAGCUGCAGCAGGAUUGUGACCUGAGCUGUCAGAUCACCAUUCCCAAAGAUGGACAAAAGAGAAAGAAAUCUUUGAGAAAGAAACUGGAUUCACUAGGAAAGGAGAAAAACAAAGACAGAGGUAAAGGACAAAAUAACUAGAGCAAUUGUAUCUUCUUCCAUGGAGCAUAAUGGUUGAA